AUGACUAUCGACAACAACUCCGAUAUUUCGUCCAACAUCAAUCUCCCUCCGACCCAGGAGACCGGCGGCUUCGUGACUGUUAUGGAAGCAGUUCUGAAUGUCUGCGCUGGGUCGGCCAUGGGAGUCAGGAAGGCCAAUGAGGUGAAAACGCUGCUGGACAGAAUGCAUGCGAUGUAUACGGGCGCGCAAGAAGAUCUGUGUGAGGGUCAGAGAAAGUUAAUCAAGGUUAUGGAAGAGCACGGUAGGGUCAAAGAGGAGAUUUCGAGGAUAAACAGGUCCGGCAUGGCCACGGGUCUGGGGGUGCAGCGUACGGAAACACUGGGAACUGGCGGGAUGCCCAGCAGACCCGACAGGGACGGAACUUUGAUCUGGGUGACCGGUGGAGACAUCAGAGAAGACAGGAGCACGGAGCAUCGCCUCCGUAUAGUCGGAAGAAUUGGCUGUAAAGCCGAAGUAGUGGUGCUAGACAGCUUUUUCGCGAAAGAUGGCAGGCUAGGGAUCAGAGUAGCUGAAGGUGAUGUAGGCGGUGCCGUACGUGCGGCCGUAGAUCUUGGGUAUGAAGGGAAGAGCCCUGGAUCCUUUGAGCCUGAGUUAUUCAUAAGGGAAGUCGGCUCGAUCAGUGAGCAGACGUUGAAGGAUGCUAUAGGUGAAGAAUGCACAGCAGUUUACAAAAGGGGCCUCAACGCCUUUGUAAGAGUGAAGAAGUGUGGAGUUGAGCGGCUGCUAAGGGAGGGCAUUAAGGUGGAAUGGCGACUUAUCAGACCCGAGCUGAAACACAGGAGGAAGAUGUGCUAUCGAUGCUGUGAACUCGGCGAUAUGGAAAGAAACCUCCGUAUUAUAUCAGGAUAUUGCCCUUCUGAUGGUACGACCACAAUGGAGGAGUGCCUCUUGGGAGUUGAUGCCUUGGUCAGCCAUCGGCGGACAGUCCUUUGUUGUGACAGUAAUGCGUGGAGUGGGGCGUGGGGGCCCCCACGCGAUGGGGGGUCGUAUCAACGAAGGAGGGGAGUCAUUCUGGAGGACUGGGCAGAGAAGAAUGGCCUACACGUGAUUAAUGACUGCGAGUCUCCCCCCACCUUCCGCAGCCACCGCACUUGUAGUGAUGGUUCUAUCAUCACCUCCCACAUUGAUGUUACGAUGUGCUCUGUGGAUCUCGUGGAACGGGUUGCGGACUGGCAGGUGGACUGGGAUGAUCCUUCUUCUGCUGUAUCCGAUCAUGCGGCUGUUAAGGUAGCCAUAAGCCUGCGGCUUAUUGCUCGUCAGGAACCACCAUGGAGAGGUAAGGGUAGGCUGAACGAGGAUCAGUUUGCUGAAAGGAUAUGUAGCGUUCUCCCGCAGUGGCAUCCCUCCUGGAAGGACGAAUGGGCGACGACUGUGCGAGGCACGGCUUCAAUUUGUGAAGCUAUAGCUCAAUGCGUGGAGGAUUGCCGAGGCAGGUCGCGUAAGCUCAAGGCUCCGAGGCCGGUGUGGUGGACGCCGGAGAUCGGCGAUUUAGAACGCAAGGUAUCCUGGUUGCGAAAGCGGGUGCAGAGGACAAACAACUCCACGGAAACAAGGGCGGAACUCCGAGAGGCAUCACGGGCUCUGCGACGGGCUAAGAGGGCCAGGGCUAAGGAGCAUGCACGUAGGGAGCUCGCGUCUCUGGAGAGUCCCACUGCAGCGUUUGAAUAUCAUCGGAAGUGGCGUGCCGCUCGUCGACCGGCAAUACAUCCUUACCUCUCGGCUGAGGAGCUCGCGAAAGGCCUGUUUCCCAUGGAGGAACCUGACUCUUCGGAGCAGGCAGACAUGAGGAAGGAAAUGGCCGACGUGAUAAGAGGGCUAAAGCAGCUCCCACCUGAGGUUGAACCCGUCUCCAGGGCAGAGCUGCUGGCCAGUGCGAAAGAGGUGAGGGCAUCAUCAUGUCCGGGGGCAGACUCGGUUCCGGUUACCGCAAUGCAGCUCACGAUAGAAAGGGAGCCUCAGGUGUUCUGUGAAAUGUUCACCGCAUUCCUUCAACACCGGCAGCUGCCCAGUGACCUUAAGAGUGGCUACGUUAUAACGCUGCCGAAAGGGCAUGACAGACCGGCAUGGGAGGAGAAGUCAUGGAGGCCGAUAACUGUACUGACUGCACUCACUCGCGUCUUUGAGCGACUCGUUUAUCGGCGAGUUGAACGGCUGAUAGAGUUUCCAGACUCCUUUCAUGCCUACCUUCCGGGCAAAGGGUGCGAUACUGCGGUCGCAAACCUUGAGAGCGAAAUAAGGAAGAUCUGGCAGAAUGGCUACAGUGCAGGGUGCAUCUUCCUCGACAUUGAAGGGGCGUUCGACAAGUGCAGUCCUUGGGCGACCCUCAAGGAGAUGAAAGCCCGUGGGCUCCGGGGUGACUACCUUGCUCUACUUUCUGAUUAUCUGAGUGGCCGACGAGUCUCCCUGCACCAUGCAGGAGAUAUCUCCACGAUGGAGCUCACGCGGGGGACGGCGCAAGGAGGAGUAUUGUCCCCCUGGAUAUUCAACUGUUUUAUGCUGUCCCUGAGCGACGUCCUAUCGCCCUGGGCCUACGUGACGUAUGCUGAUGAUGUCGUUGUGAUCUUCCAGUAUAAAACCGAGGAAGAGGUACGGGAUGCCGCUCGAGCAAUCCAUGCUGCACUCGACAAAUGGUGUGGGUUAGUGAAAGUGAAGCUCUCCUGGCCGAAGACACAGUUGAUGUGCUUCCCCAAAUGCCGGGCGCACGGAGGUAUCGGGUGCCACAUCAACAUGGGUGAUCAAGUGAUCGUGGAGUCGCCAGUACGAUGGAUUGGAGUGGCACUAGAUCGGAAAUUUAGGUGGGGUGCUCAUGCGGCAAACAUUCUCGCUCGGCUGGAGGGGAUAUACCACUCUGUGAAAGCGCAUGUCCGAAGCUCAUGGGGAUUGGGCCCCGACGUCGCGCUGGUGCUUUUUGAGGCAGUGGCUCGUGGCUGCCUGCUGUACGCGGUUGGCUGCUGGGGACAUGCGGCCCUUCGCGCCAGGAUUGCCAAGCAGCUGAGGGCGCUACAGGCUCGGUUCUACCGGAGGGCUCGGAGACUGAGCGCGCGUACCCCUACCGCAUUUGUGUCACAUACAGGAACGGACGGAAUACCCUGGGAUCUCCUAUGCGUAUCCCAAUGUAUAAAACGUCGGCUGUCCGUGACAGGCUUUCCCGCGGUACCCUCCUUGCAGGACGAGCUCCAACGCAUAGCUAUGGGAGCUCCAGUCGAUUCCCCAGUUUCGGCGGCGAGAGAGCUUAGACCUCUCACCAUCAGUAGCCGUAGAAAGAGCCCUUGCAGAAACAUCGCGGAAUCAAACUGCCGGAUGCGCGGCGGUAUUGAAGACGCAGUACGGUCAAAGUCCUGCGAAGGGAACCGCCGAGCGGACCAGCUAGCAAAACUGCUCUCGCUACACGGGGAUGAUCCGCCGUUCAUCGUACCCAUAGAUCGGGAGGUGGUCUCAGAGAGGGACAGAGCCGGCUGCGAUACUGCCGAAGCCGAGUUGAUGGGGGAAGUGAUGAAUGUCCGAACUGCGACGCUCAAGUCACGGAGGAUGUGA